AUGUCUGAACCAGCCCAAAAGAAACAAAAGGUAGCUAACAACUCUUUAGAACAACUGAAAGCCUCUGGCACUGUGGUCGUCGCCGACACUGGUGAUUUUGGGUCUAUUGCCAAAUUCCAACCUCAGGACUCUACCACCAACCCAUCUUUGAUCUUGGCUGCUGCUAAACAACCAACUUACGCCAAGCUAAUUGAUGUUGCUGUGGAAUAUGGUAAGAAGCAUGGUAAGACUACUGAAGAACAGGUGGAAAGUGCUGUGGACAGAUUGUUAGUGGAAUUCGGUAAGGAAAUCUUGAAGAUUGUCCCAGGUAGAGUCUCCACUGAAGUUGACGCUAGAUUGUCUUUUGACACUCAAGCUACUAUUGAAAAGGCUAGACACAUCAUUAAACUAUACGAAGAAGAAGGCGUCUCCAGGGAAAGAGUCCUCAUCAAAAUUGCCUCCACUUGGGAAGGUAUUCAAGCCGCCAAAGAAUUGGAAGAAAAGGAUGGUAUUCACUGUAACUUGACUCUAUUAUUCUCCUUCGUUCAAGCUGUUGCCUGUGCAGAAGCUCAAGUCACUUUGAUCUCCCCAUUCGUUGGUAGAAUUUUGGACUGGUACAAAGCUAGUACUGGUAAAGAUUACUCUGGUGAAGCUGACCCAGGUGUUGUUUCUGUUAAGAGUAUUUACAACUACUACAAGAAGUACGGUUACAAGACCAUCGUUAUGGGUGCUUCUUUCAGAAACACAGACGAAAUCAAAAACUUAGCCGGUGUUGACUAUCUAACCAUCUCUCCAGCUUUGUUAGACAAAUUGAUGAAUAGCACUGAAGCUUUCCCAAGAGUAUUGGAUCCUGCCUCCGCUAAGAAAGAAGCUGGAGACAAGAUUUCUUACAUCAGUGACGAAUCCAAAUUCAGAUUUGAUUUGAAUGAGGACGCCAUGGCCACUGAGAAGUUGUCCGAUGGUAUCAGAAAGUUUUCUGCCGAUAUUGUUACUUUAUUCGACUUGAUUGAAAAGAAAGUUACUGCUUAA